AUAAGUUUUUAGAAAAUUUUUGUAAUAUGACGUAAAGUUAGCACCUAAUAGACGCACUUAGAUUCAUUAAGGGAACAGUUUAGUCGAUUAAGUAAAGAAAACUCUACUAAGCGUAUGUUGAACUAAAAUGCGUUGCAUUCUCAUCAUUGUUACCAUCGUGGUAAUGGCAGAAGCGAGACCUGGUCUGCUCUUCGCGGAACCAUUACAACCAUUGGGCAUCCAAUACGCCCAACCAUCAGCUCCAGUUAUCCACGCUCAUCCAGCAGUAGAAUUGAACGCGGCCAGCGAAGCGCUAUUACCUCCUGACCUUUUGAAGUCCAAUAGAUUUUAUGACAACCCAGCUAUAGCUGCAGGCCUCGCUAAAGAGUCCUGGUUCGCAAACAAGGAGAUGCAAGUCGUAGAAAGAGAAGCGGAAAAGAUACCGCGGGAAAGGAUUUAUAAAAUUGUUAAAAGUGCUGGAUUUUUAGAUAAUCAUUAGAAUAUGGAGGACUUCGAAAGCAGUGACUUUUGUAUAUAUUAAAGAAAUAGUAAUAUGUAUCCCUGCAGUGUAGCUCUAAGGUUAACGGAAUAACACGACAGACAAUUUUGUGCAUAGUUAUGUUUUGAUUUAAUAUUAAGUUUUAUAUUAUUGGUAUGAAUUAUU